AUUUCUCCCCUGAAGUUCCAACAAGAUAUGAUUCUGGAACGAUCAAACAGGUUCCAGGGAACCUCAGGCUGAUGCCCAUCUCAGCUCGUCCACGCUUGCAAUGGGAUGAUUCUCUGAAUCCCUUGAGGAUUAGUGUGGGCAGUCUUCCAGUGUUGGCGUCCAUGACCAAAGCAGCUGACCCCCGUUUCCGCCUGCGUUGGAAGGCCAUUGUGGUGACCACUCUGGCCCUUGUCCUUGUGUUGCUUCUCCUUUGUUUCCAGCGUUCAUCCCCUGUGAACAGGCCAGUUUCUCUCAAUGCUCAUACCUGGAGGUUCAAUGUUCUAUCCAGUGAGAGGUAUAAUGACACUUACCCACUGUCACCAUCCCAGCGGAUCCCAGAAGGUGUGCGGUACCGUAUUGGACUCAUUGCUGACCUUGACACAAACUCCAAGGGUCCCAGUGAGCAUACCUGGUUCAGCUACUUGAAGAAGGGUUAUCUCACACUGUCAGCCAGUGGGGACCAUGUGUCUGUUGAGUGGGAUACAAAGGACCAUAUAUUGGAAUCUCACCUAGCCGAAAAAGGACGUGGCAUGGAGCUUUCUGAACUGGUAGUCUUUAAUGGUAAACUCUAUGCUGUCGAUGAUCGAACCGGUGUGGUCUAUCAGAUUGAUGAUACGAAAGUAGUACCUUGGGUGAUAUUAACUGAUGGAGAUGGCACAAUUGGCAAAGGAUUUAAGGCAGAAUGGUUGGCAGUGAAGGAUGAGCACCUCUAUGUGGGAGGCCUGGGCAAGGAAUGGACCACAACUACAGGAGAGGUGCUCAAUCAAAAUCCAGAAUGGGUGAAAGUCAUUGGCUACAAAGGUGACGUGGCUCAUGAAAACUGGGUGGCCAAUUACGAUGCACUCCGGACUGCAGCUGGGAUUAAAUCACCAGGUUACUUGAUCCAUGAAUCUGCCUCUUGGAGUGAGAGACUGCAGCGUUGGUUCUUCCUGCCACGCCGUGCCAGCCAUGGGCGCUACAAUGAGCAGGAGGAUGAGCAUCGUGGCACCAACUUGCUUCUUAGUUCCACACCAGACUUCACUGAUAUCUCUGUGAGCCAUAUUGGUGAUAUCAUUCCCACGCAUGGCUUCUCCUCCUUCAAGUUUGUCCCUGACACUGAUGAUCAGAUAAUUGUGGCAUUAAAAUCUGAAGAGGACGCUGGACAUGUGGCAACCUAUAUCACUGCCUUCAUGCUGGAUGGACGUUGCCUGUUACCUGAAACUCGCAUUGGUUCUGUCAAAUACGAGGGUAUUGAGUUUAUCUAAUUAAAAGAAGUCAUACUUUUAAGGAGAUCAUAUAAACUCCUGAGAGGUGGCAGAAGUUCUGUUCCUGUUUAUUACUCUUAAUUCUACUUCUGCUGCAGAGCAUUAUGGGACAUUGAAGUGCUUCUCUUGACAUAGUUUUCACCUCUGUAAAAAGUACUUUGCAGUUGUUGCUUGUUUCUGUGCUGACCCCUAGUGGUACAAAGUGUGUAGUGCCUGUACAGCCUUUUUUUCUCUGUUCAGUUGCUUCCUAGGAUUUAGCCCAUUCUCUCCUUUAUUCAACCAUGCUAUUUGGCAGAGCAAACCUAAUGAAUUGCCUUAUUCUUCCCUCCUCCCUCCUGUCCCCUUACUAUUCACACGUGCCUUUGCUGAGAAGAGAAAGUCUUCAAACCCAGUUAUUCAGCAAAGAUAUUAGUCAAACAUUUGCAAGGUUUCCCUUUGACUCUGCCUAUUCCUGCAACAGUCAUUUUAAUGUUGUCUGCACAGGUACCUCUUUUUGAUAGGAAAUUGCAGGUGGGACUUUGGCCUGUAAUCAGGAAACUUUGUGAUAACAGCAGAAAAGGAGCUGACGCCAUAACUUGGAACUUUUUGGAACAAAAGGCUCACCUUCUGUUUGGGAGGGUUCGGUUCUGCCUUUAUCUUUAGAGGCAAAGUGAUCCCUUUUUGGUAAUCUUAAUAUUGAGAUGUCAAGCUUCAUAUUGGUAAACCUAAAAGAUAUAUAUGUCUCAUAUAUAUAUAUAUUAGCCAUAAUUGGCUUUCCAGUUUUAAACAUUACACUUUCAGGAUAUGUACUGGAGUGUUCAGGUCAUAGUUUUCCAUGAUCGUUCAUUUAAAAAAAAUAGUUUUCAGUGUUAGGAAACAAGAUCUUACGAGAAUAUUGUAGCUGGAAUCGGAUUCUCAAGUUAUUCCAGCUACAGAAUUUUAAGUAUUCUUCAUUCCUCCCUUAUGUGUAAUAAAAUGGGCAAGUGAGCUUCCAUGCUUCCAUGUCUCUUCCUCAUUGUUGGACAUUUCCUUGAAGCUUUAUUUCAAUCCUAGCACUGUUAUCUUAUUUUUCAAAUAAAUUAUCAACAGCUUUUAUAUUUUGAAAGUUACCUGAACUUACCUAUACUUACCUAUACUUUUUAAUUACCUGAAAUGAAACGAAAAAUGUGUUGACAGUCAUAACGUGCCAGCUUUUAAGCAGAUAAGAUAAAAAAUAUAUGUUUAAGAAACACAAAUAUUAAGGAACACUUUGUAGGAAGAGGAGCUACAGAAACUCCAAAGAAAUGUAAUGAUUUUUUGGGUAUGCCAAAAUGUAUAUGGUUGAAGCCUAUGCCAUAAAUGUGUGUGAAUAUAAAGGAAUGUGCUUUAUACCAAA